AGUUUGGCUCAUUGAUAACAGAGGGGAUGAAGAGAAUCUGAAGAAAAGACUGGAAAAGAUAAUGACAAACUGCAUUUCCAUGAAGCAGAGAGUAUAUGUACACCUUGGUCCCAGGGCUGGAUAAACCUCUGGUCUCUGUCAUCAUACAGCCAGGGAACACCAAUGCACACAUCCAUAUGAAGCAGUUUUCACUGAGACGUGAUGGUGGACCAGCUUCAAGGAACAUGGAAAUCUGUUUCUUGUGAAAACUUUGAAAACUAUUUGAAGGAACUGGGAGUAGGAAGAGUCAACAGGAAGCUGGGCUGUCUGGCAAAACCCACCGUGACCAUCAGUGCAGAUGGAGAUGUGAUCACCAUCAAAACCAAAAGCAUCUUCAAAAACAAUGAGAUUUCCUUCAAGCUGGGGGAGGAGUUUGAGGAAAUCACACCAAGUGGCCGCAAAAACAAGAAUAUAGUAAUCUUAGAUAACGACUCCUUGGUUCAAGUUCAGGACUGGGAUGGCAAAGAAGCCAUGAUCCGCAGAAGGCUGGUCGAUGGGAAAAUGGUGGUGGAAAGUGCACUGAAUAAUGUCACCUGUACUCGUACGUACGAGAGAAUAUAAGAACAUUCAAUCUCAAGGUCUUGGUGUUCUCAAAUUGUGACCCAAAUUACUAAUGUUAUUUAAAUAAAAUUCCCAAGUAAAAUCUUA